UUUUGUAAACAUGUGGUAAACAUAACCUCUGAUUAAUAUUUAAAAAUCGACAACUAAAAUGAAAUAAUGUCUAUAUUAUCAGAAUAUUCGAAUCUCGACGGGUAUUCGCAAGAUUACUAUUUUGAGGAACUAUACUAUGAAGAGACUGCCUUAGAUAUUUGGAACAACUGCGUCGUUCUAUCAAUUUUUAGUGCCAUUCCGACGGUCCUAAAAUUAGUGACUUUAAAUUUUUCGUUUGGUUGUUUGGUAUCAACAGGUUUCAUUCCAACCCAGUUUCUACACCUUUUAAGUGGUUGUAUUGGAAUAUAUUUACUAUAUACACUCGAGUCUUCCGCCGGAAAACUAAUUCUGGCCAUUUGUUGGACGGUAGCGUUUUUACUACUUCAAACAAGCUUCUAUUUAAGAGCAUUCUUUCAUACAUCAAAAUUUUUAAAAAUAUUUCUCAUUUUUUUAUUAAUCCUUUGUGAAUAUUUGUUUGUUGAACCAGAAACAUGGCUGCAAAUUCGCGGUAUUGCCAUGAUUCUAGCAAUGAAAAUCAUUUCAUUAAUAGAUGAUAUGGAAACGCUUAACUCAAAACCUGGUGUUCUUGAAUACUUUGGGUAUACACUAUGUGGGGCUAAUAUUUUGUUUGGGCCAUGGGUGUCGUUCAACGAUUAUUUAAAUUUCUAUCAAAAAUCUCAAAAAAAGAAUCUCAUUUGGCUGUGUGCAAUAAUCAAAGUCCUUGUAACAUCACUACUUUUCCUCACGGUGUCAAACUGUUGGAGUAACUACUUUAUAUCUGAAGAUUCUAACAGGUGGUUAGUGGCCUAUAAAGAAGCCUUCACGUUCCGAACAAGCCACUAUUUUAUAAGUUAUUUGGCAGAGGCGGGAAUGAUAGCAGCUGGUUUCAGUAACUCUGGAAAAAAGGGUCCAAUCAACCAAUUUCGUUUUAUAAUCACAGAACCCAUGGAGAUAGAGUUUCCAUCAUCUCUUUCAGUUGUUGUCAGAAAGUGGAACCCGCCAAUGCACGACUUUUUAAAGAAAUAUGUGUACCAUUCGUGGUUAAGUUAUGGAAAAUUUGCCGCAAUUUUUGCAACUUUUCUCAUCUCUUCGUUCCUCCACGGUUUCGAGCUUAAAGUAUCCUUGGUGUUAGUCUCAAUUGGGACUUUUUCGUAUCUACAGGUGGCACCGAGAGACCGGAUUGCGGAAAUAUUUGAUUGUUGCGUGCGAGUUCGUCCUUGUAAAGACUGCAAACACAAGUAUAAACGUGACAGUGUUAUAGUAAAAAUAACACUGCUUAUUUAUUCACUAGCAACAGUAUUCCAUUUGGCGUAUUUGGGAGUUUUGAUGGAUCCGUCUACUGAUGAAGUCGGGGUGUACGAAAAAUGGCAAAACUUGUACUUCAUCAGCCAUAUUGUGAUGUUUUUUAAUGUGAUGGUAAUUUUGUAGUAUUUUUUUUUAUAUAAAUAAUAAAUAUAUACAUACUGA